UAAAUUCACAGGCAAAGGCACAAUUUAUACUUUUGCUGCUGUCGGAGUCAGGAGGAGUAGAGGUUGUGACUGUAAAAAGCCGAGCCAAUGACAGAACAACAAGCAGACGCGAGGUCUUUCCUCAGCGAGGAAAUGAUCGCCGAGUUUAAGGCCGCAUUCGACAUGUUUGAUGCUGAUGGUGGUGGUGACAUCAGCACCAAAGAGUUGGGUACUGUGAUGAAAAUUCUUGGUCAGACUCCCACCAGAGAAGAGUUGGAUGCCAUCAUUGAGGAAGUGGAUGAGGAUGGAAGCGGUACCAUUGACUUUGAAGAGUUCUUGGUGAUGAUGGUGCGGCAGUUGAAAGAGGAGGCGAAAGGAAAGUCUGAGGAAGAGCUGGCAGAAUGCUUCCGUGUUUUUGAUACGAAUGCUGAUGGUUACAUCGACCGUGAUGAAUUGAAAGAGAUCCUGAUGACGGCUGGUGAGCCAAUCACAGAUGAAGAAAUUGAUGAACUCCUAAGGGAUGGAGACAAAAACAAUGAUGACAAACUCGACUUUGAUGAAUGGAUGAAGAUGAUGGAAAACAUCCAAUAAAUAUCCAACAUUCCUCAAUAAUUUUUUCCUGUUUCAUUUCACAAGUUUGAAAGAAUCCAUUAAAAUGUGCCAAUAUACACAAAGCAAA